CACACUUGCGGCUUGCCGAUACGACACGGCCGUGUAACUACUUUCUUGGUGUUCCAUCCAGUUUAAAUGGAGAAAUAUUCCAAAAGAAAAGACAAAAGGCAAUACAUAAAUUAUUCUCCUUGUUAUCAACUACAUAAGACUAAUAAUCCAAUAUAUACUUCUCCUUCUCCUUCUCCUUGUUAAUCAACCUGAUCGAUUAGUUUUCGACCGUCAGAUCAUGGAUCCCUCCGGAAAAGAAGUGGUACUAAUCACGGGGUGUUCGGCCGGAGGCAUCGGCCACGCGCUGGCCCGCGCUUUCGCCGACAACAACUGCCUGGUUGUGGCGACGAGCAGGUCCCGGGGUUCAAUGGCAGAUCUGGAGCAGGACCCCACCAGGUUCUUCCUCCAAGAACUGGAUGUUCUCUCCGACACCAGUGUACAACACGUGCUUUCCACUGUUCUGGACAAGUACGGUCGGAUUGAUGUUCUCGUAAACAACGCUGGAGUUGGGUGUGUAGCCCCCCUUGCUGAGAUCCCUCUCUCUGCUCUCCAACACACUUUCAAUACCAAUGUAUUUGGUUCUAUGCGGUUGGUUCAAGCUGUUGUUCCUCACAUGGCAUCCAGGAGAAAGGGAAAGAUUGUAAAUGUUGGAAGCAUAGCUGCUAUGGCUCCUGGACCAUGGACUGGUGCUUAUAUUGCAUCCAAAGCUGCUCUGCAUGCACUCACCGAUACAUUGAGAUUGGAACUCAGACCAUUAGGGAUCGAUGUUAUUAAUGUUGUCCCAGGAGCUGUUAGGUCCAACAUAGCAGAUUCUACCAUGUCCGCCUACAACCGGAUGCCUGAGUGGAAAUUAUACAAGCCUUUUGAAGCAGCCAUCCGAGAGACAGGCUAUUUUUCACAAGGAACGAAGACAACCCCUACAGAGGAGUUUGCUAACAAGACUGUGGCUGCUGUGCUGAAGAAGAAUCCGCCGGCCUGGUUCUCCUAUGGCCAUUACUCCACCAUCAUGGCCAUCAUGCACCAUCUGCCACUCUUUAUUAGAGAUUUUUUCAUAAGGAUAGCAUUGAAAUGUUGAGUUGUACCUUUUGCGGGUCAUUAUGGCUCGUAAAUGGGUCGACCUGCCAACCUAUUUUGCCACAUCUAGUCGUACCUAGGACAAAGAAAUAAGAGUAAGGUCCGAUGGGCGCUAUCUUAUUAGUCCAAUGGAAUGAGAGUUGAAUAUGUAGA